UGUUGUGAAGAGUGUGUUAGCUUUCUGGUUGGUCUGAACAAUCCUUAUUCUAGGACAUUACCACUAGGGCUUACUAUUUUUCUUCUUCGUGUAGCUGCACCAACUGUUUGUUUCAACACACUGUGCUUUCUGCACUACUGUGCCAGCUUCCACCUUAUUUUAAGUCUCUAUAGCAACAUGUUUCUCAGCAACUGGGAGAUGCUUAGUAAAGGCCCCUCAAUUUAGAAAUAUUGCACUCCAACCUUAGAAAAAUGCUUUGAAACAAAGAUCAAAGAAGUUUUAUCUUUAAUAAUUCAGGAUAUUUAUUACUAUUUAAUUAGUGUUCUCUGUUUUGACUGCUUAGACAAUUACCUGAUACUUUGAUCUGGGCCUUUGCCAGGCAUUUGUUGUGAGCAGCAUUAAUUUAAAAGCAAAACCUUUAGAACUGCAUCUUGAAAUCAACUUUUAAGUGCUAUAAAACUACCGGACUCCUCUGGCAGUGUCGUCUGACUUUUGGGCCUUUAGUAAGUAAUGAGAGAAAGGUAAGAGCAGCUACUGUAUUUAAGAGGAGACAAUAAUUUUGGCCUUUGAACAAAACAUAGAAUGUGUUCACCCUUCACAGGAAACAAAAGUAGCUGUAGGUUAUUUUAUGCAUAUUUAAAAUGUUGAUGAUAUGUUGCCUGAUUUCAAAAGAAAAAAAUUCUCUGUGAUCGAGUCAAUUGAUCUGUUGGGAGAUUUCUGCCUUACUUCAUGUGGCUUGUCUUUCUCUGUACUGUAACUUAAUCAUGUAGCAUGUUUAAAAGUGCAUUUUAUUUGCUGAAGUACGUAUUCUGAGAACCUGUAAGGCAAGUAAGGUACAUAUAAGUAAUCAAACGUUACUUUUCUUUCACAUUACAAUAGGUUUCGAGAAAAGGGCUGCUCUUGUUCUGCACAUAAGAGUAUUCUUAUUAAUGGGACCAAGAUUUAUAAUUGUAAAAAUUUAUUUCCUGCACAUUUGUACAUAAUUUUAAUUUUCUCGUUCAUUUGUUUUCUGGUUUUUUUCAUUGUUAAAGGGCACAAGUAGCUGAAAUAUAACACACUGGCUGAAAUGGUGUAUGAAUGAGCAAAGUUAGUUCAGAUUUGAUGGCUGGCAGAUACUGCUUUUACUUUCAUAUUAUGUUCGUUAUAAGGUAGAUGUGCUAAUACUGAAGUAGAUUCUGUUCAUUUCACCCAGACAUUUCUAACUGCAGUCAAGAUCUGGACUGUCCACAAAGUUUUGUAUAUAAAAAUGUAGACUGUACAUACAUUAAUAAUGCCUUUUGUAAGGUUUUGGAGGGAGGAUUCAUAGGUAUGAUGUUGUAUAAUGGUGGGCAGUUUGGUAAAACACAUAAACACAUGCUUAACUUCGAGACCAUAAAUACCCUAAUAGAAGGCUAUAGGGUCUUUCCAUAUAGGUCAUUUAAAUGUUGGACACUGGACUGUACUGAAUAGAGAUCUUGUCAUUUUACAGUAUCAGGUGCUCAUAGAUUAUGCAUGCUGCAUAAUUCAGUAAGGAUCUCUUCUUAUUUGAGUAAGCAAAUUCUAAUGAGUUCUGUAUAUUUUUACAUUCAUUCCAUCCUCUUUCUUUAUUUUAUGUACCCUUGGUGCAGAGAAAAACAGGAGGAAAACAUGAGGCAAGCUGUGUGUUUAAUGCCUAAUGCCAUCUGUUCAUUUCAAAUGGAUCCAGACUUGCAGGAGGCUUUCAAUGAUGUUCAGAGCUCCGUCUACAGAACAGCCUUAAAACUACGCUCAGUACAAAGUCUGUGCCAGUUGGAUUUGAUUGAUGUUUCUCUGAUUCAGCACAUCCUAUCAAGUGAACGGAGCCAGAGGGGAGAGCAGAUUUCUCUGAAUAUGCAGCAAAUCUCUAGAAUGUUGACAGAACUGUUCCAAAGGGCAAGAUUAGAAAAACCAGGCCAGGUAGAUCUGAGAGCUGCUGAAUUCACGUUGAGUCUGCUCGUUGCCAUGUAUGACAGAUCUGGAACAGGGUAUGUCAAAAUUAGAUCUGCUGCAGCUGCCCUAAUUGCCCUUUCAGGAGACACUCUACUGGCUAAAUACAGAGCUUUCUUCCAGUUUUAUGCUGUCCCUGAUGGGAAGGUGGCCUUGAUUACCCGUAGUGCCCUGAGAAGCCUACUAACAGACUUAAAUCAGAUCCCAGCCAUUGUGGGAGAAAGCUGCAGUCUGUCUUGUGUGGAAAUUGCGACUCAUGACUGUUUCCAUGGGGUUCUGAAUUCAGCUAUUGUUGAAGAAAAAUUCCUGUCUUGGCUGAGAUCGGAGCCUGCUGUUCUCCUGUGGCUCCCUACAUGUUACAGAUUAUCAGCCACGGAAAUGGUUUUUCACCAAGCUAGAUGUAGAGUCUGCAAAGUUUUCCCCAUUACUGGCCUCAGGUAUCGCUGUUUGAAGUGCCUCAAUUUUGACCUUUGCCAAGCGUGCUUUUUCACUGGCCGUCUCUGCAAACCACAUAAGAGGUCACAUCCUGUUGUGGAACACUGUGUGCAGAUGUCAGCAAAGGCCAGUGCAAAGCACUUUCUCCGCACCAUCAGGAACAACCUGUUUCAAGAGCGCUGCAGAAGAAAGGAGGCUCAGAGAAGAAGGACUCUGGAGACAGUGGAGGAGAGGCACUUCCCUACUCACAAAAAGACUUUUCCUCCUGCAGAACUCAGUGCUUCACCACUCCCUGGCCCGGAAAACCUGUCUUUCCCAGGGGAUAGUUGUGUCCCAGAGUCACCUGAGUUCAUAGCUGAAAACAGGACUGUAAUGCAGAAGAGUGAGAAUAACAGAAAGACCAGAAAGACCAGAAAGACAGUAGAGCAAGGCAAGACAAUAGCUCAGGCAAUAGCCUCUUUUGAAGCAGAUGUGUUAAAAAUGCACGAAUCUAUCAAAAGCAUUCACAGUGACAGCAGGUACAUGAAGAAGCAGUUCAACAAAUGGAAGGACAAAAUACAAUUUCUUCACAACUGCCAGGAAGAAAAAAGCUGCAAAAUAGAGGCGAAACUCCAAAGACUGAGAGUAAGCCAUAAACACCUACAAAUGACACUGCAGCAAAUGGAGCAAGAAGUAAAGACAAUGUUACAGUCAUCAGAAGAUCCUUUUGCGCAGUAUCAGAAUACAAUGCCAAGAAAUCCCCCUGUUCUGCUGGAAAGGAAAAUGCAGGGUGGAUUAAAUCCUGCCCAAAUAAGGCCUACUUCCAGAACAUGUGCAGACUGGAAAUCUUUGAGUCCCCCCAACCCUGCAAAUAGAAUGCAGCUUUUACAGACACCUGAGGUUCCCACUGCAGUGGACUUUAUGUUUUCAGAUGACCCACUGGAGUCAUUGUCCCUCCAGAGUGACAGACCUUUUAUGGGACAGUAUAAAAAAGCAAAUGAGAACCAAACAUAUCUGCCUAAAUUGACAGAAAACUCUCUCAGUGGCGUCAUGAGGAAUACAGUUCUUACUCCCUCUGCAGUGCAACUACCACCUGAUGAGAAGGAAGUCAGGGAGGAAAUGGAACUGCAGCAGCUAGUGAUGAAACUGAAGGAUGGAUUGUCUCUCCAAACCCAACCAGCCCAACAGACUACUUUGCAGCAGGAGUUGUUCUCUACAGCUGAGCAUGUUUGCAGGUCCUUUUCUGACCUCAUCAACCAAGUAAUUUCAAGCUUGUGAAUGAUGGAAGCCACCAUUCACCUUACAGCUUCACUAAACUACUUAAGCUCUCCAAUGACUCUUCGAAGUAAUGUAGGUCUACUCUUAUGCAUGUGGAUACUUAUUAAAUCUUCAAAUGAGUCUCUCUUCUUCAGAAUUGGCGACCUCUGAAUAUGAG